AUGGAUGAAGUACUGUUAUCACUUCGUAGAAUACAAGAGGAGCUAGUGGAGCACAAAAAUAUGAUUCAGCAGAACGCGGACAAAAUAACCGAACAAGUUACUCAAAAUAUAAACCAAUUAAUGGACAAGAAGCUUCAAGUGUAUGACACAAAACUAGAAAAAUUAAAAGAAAGAGUGGAGAACCAAGACAAGAGACUGUUUUACCUGGAAAAAGAAGCUAGACAACGAAACUUGGUUUUCUUCGGUAUAGAGGAAGAUGAAAAAUCAUAUUUAAGCAUGGAAAUAAAAAUGAAAGACUUCAUACGUAAAUACCUAUCAAUAAACAUAGACAGUAGGGACAUGCAAAUAAUUAAAAGAAUUGGAAAAAAAGGAAAUAAUCCGCGUCCUGUUGUUAUUACAUUUGCUACGUUAGGCACAAAAAUUAGCAUUUUAAAACAAAAACUUGGCCUCCGCGAUACAACAUAUUAUAUAAAAGAAGAUUUUCCACUACAAGUUUUAAACAAAAGGAGAGAGCUGCAAGAACAAUUGAAGUUGGAGAGAGAAAGAGGUAAAAGAGCAAUACUUAAAUACGACAAGUUAAUUAUACUAGAACCUGUAGGUUCUUCAACCAAUACAGGAAACAAAAAAAGGAACCAUUCAAACUCACCCGAAGAGAAAAACACACAGACCGGCUCUCAUAGUGUAAAGAAGAACAAAACCCUAGCAAGACACACCCCUCUAAGAUCAUCAAGUUUCACAGAAGGAAUAGCCAAACCUGGAAUACUAAAUUUUUUAAUUAAUAAGAACACUAAUGCUAAUACUUCGUUGAGUAGUGAAAUCGAUGAUAAAACUAAAUAG